CAAAAACUGCCGCUAAUCAGUUCCGAUCCUCACAUGGCAUCUUCAGCCUGCAAUCUAACUUUCUUCUCUAAAACCAAACCUUGAGAUCUCUCUCCAGAAGCUUUGAUUUUUUCUUUUCUUUUGCUUUUUAACGUUCUUAAGGAUGACAAAGAACGCAACUAAACAAGACUCAGAUUUCUCCAAGAAAUCCAACCUUGUUGAACCCUUCACUCUGGCUUCUUGUCUCUUAAUUGCCUGCUUCGUUUACUUAAACCACCAGGCUCUCUUCUUCCCUUGGUUUAAACUUAGCUCUGCUGCAUCAUCACCGGCAUCAGAUGUAGAUCAACGCCUCGAGUGUGAUGUUUAUGAUGGGAGAUGGGGUUGGGACGAUAACUAUCCACCUUAUCAUAGUGAGCAUUGCCCUUUCAUUGACAACGGUUUCCGUUGUUCGAAGAACGGUAGACCUGAUAGUUUCUACACUAAGUGGCGUUGGCAACCCAAAGCUUGCAAUUUGCCCAGAUUUAAUGCAACGAAGAUGCUGGAAAAGCUAAGGAACCGGCGCAUUGCAUUUGUAGGUGACUCAAUCGGGAGGAACCAAUGGGAGUCCAUGCUCUGCAUGCUUAGCUCUGCAAUUCCCAACAAGGAUUCAAUGCACGAGGUUAACGGAAGCCCCAUCACAAAGCACAAAGGCUUCUUGGUCUUCAGGUUUGCGGAUUACAACUUCACGGUUGAAUAUUACAGAGCCCCAUUUCUAGUGGCUCAAGGAAGUGCCCCAAGAGGAGCUCCAAAGGCCGUUAAGAUGACUCUGAGACUGGACCUUAUGGACCGGACUUGGCGUCGAUGGGUUGAUGCAGACGUGCUGGUUUUCAACACUGGUCACUGGUGGAGCCAUGACAAGACCACGAACCGCGGCUGCUAUUUCCAACAAGGAAUGGAGAUGAAUUUAAACAUGGACAUCACAGCCGCAUUUCGGAAAUCAAUCGAAACUUUACUCGACUUUAUUCAUGGUCAAGUAAAUACCAGCAAGACCCAAGUUUAUUUCCGAACCUAUGCUCCUCAACAUUUCAGAGGUGGUAGCUGGAGCAACGGUGGACAUUGUCACCAUAUAAAAUUGCCCGAUUUCGGUUCGUAUCCUGAUUAAACCGAAGAACAUGUCGAGAUACUGAGUCAUGUACUGUCGAAGAAGCAUCCGCGGGUGAUUGAAACGAUGAAUGUGACUCCCAUGACAUUUACAAGGCAAGAUGGGCAUACAUCUUUGUAUCAUUUCGGGCGAGGGAACGAAACGGAACCCCCCGGUGAAGAUUGUAGCCAUUGGUGCUUGCCCGAAGUGCCCGAUUCGUGGAAUGAGCUUCUCUAUACACUUUUUCUCAGGCGUGUGUCUGCUCACUCC